AUGACAGAUCAUAUUGAUGUCCCCGUGGUGAUAGUCGGAGGAGGAUCUUGUGGGCUUUCACUCUCCAUCUUUCUCUCCAACCAAGGUGUACAGCAUGUUCUUUUCGAACGCCAUCCAAGCACCUCGAUCCUUCCAAAAGCCCACAUCAUCAACCAAAGGACAAUGGAGAUAUUUCGGCAGCAUGGCAUCGCGGACGAAAUCAUCGCACAAGGUACACCACCGCGACAACUGAGCCAAGUGGUGUGGCAGACUUCCCUUGCAGGAGACGGCCCUCUGGAUCGCAAGGUGCUAGGGACCAUCCACACUUGGGGCUGCAAGCAGGGCACAGAGACGAAUGCCACAUAUCAACGAGAUGCGCCUCACCUGCCCACAAACCUCCCGCUGCUCCGCUCUGAACCCAUUCUCCGUGCGAUUGCAGAGAGUCACAACCCAGGUAAAGUGCUCUUUCAACACACGGUCACAGACUUCGAAGAACAGGAGGAUUGCGUCCUCGUCCACGUAUCCAAUAAAGAUGGGACACAGUAUACCUAUCGUACCACGUACCUGGUUGGAGCUGACGGUGGCAAAACGAUUGGCCCCAAGAUCGGAGUUGAGAUGCAAGGCCCCAAAGGUCUGCGAAAGAUUGUUUCGACGCACUUCAAGGCCGACCUUUCCGAAUACUGGGACGACCGAACCGGCAUCGCUCAUUUCUGCAACCCCUCUUUGGGUCUUGGGAUGCGAAGUGGGUCAAUGCUUCCUCUUGGACCAACAUGGGGAAGGUACUCGGAAGAAUGGCAAAUGCACUUCGCGAUCGGUGUUGAUGAUCCAGUGUUCCCGCGCGAGGAGGCAGUUUCCCGCAUUCGGCAGCUAUUGAAACUGCCUGAUCUCGAACUCGAGGUAUUGAGCCUUAGCAAUUGGGUCCUAGAAAGAGUCCUGGCAGACAAAUAUCGAGAGGGGCGUGUCUUUAUCGGCGGCGAUUCAGCACACCGGCACCCUCCGACCACGGGACUUGGGCUCAAUACGGCGGUGCAGGACGCUCAGAAUCUUGCGUGGAAGCUGGCAUAUGUGCUCCAGGGUAAGGCGUCACCCAAGCUGUUGGAUACCUAUGCAAUGGAACGGCAUCCCAUCGGGAAGAUCGUGUGUGAUUGGGCCUUUUUCACGUCUCAACGCCACCAUGUCAUAGCGAAAGCUAUUGGAAUCGAGGAAGGGAAGCCUGAGGCCAAUGAAGCGCAUUUCUUGAACAUGUUCAACGAGAACUCCGAGAUUGGGAAAGCCUCAUUGGCUUAUUUGCAAUAUGUUAUCGAUGGUCAAAAGGUGGAAUUUGCUGCCCAUGAAAUGGAUCUUGGUUUUGUCUAUCCACAGGGCUCGUUUGUGCCCGACGGCUCAGCACCUCCACCGCGCGAUCCUUUGCACCAGCUGUAUAUUCCUACCACACGGCCCGGUCACCGCCUCCCUCAUGCUUGGCUGGAUAGGCGCGGCGACAUGAUCUCUACCCAUGACCUUGUUGGUACUGGGGGCGCGUUUUUGCUGGUUACAAAUCGAGACGGCAGUGAGUGGAUCAGUGCCGCCCGAAAGGCGGCCAAAGCCCGAUCCAUCGAGCUUAGAGUCGCACAAAUCGUCGCACCUUUGGACAAACCAGCUACCGAAGAAUAUGUCGACCUCGAACUGCAGUGGGCUAGUGUGAAAGGCAUUGGCGCUGGAGGAGCGAUACUUGUCCGGCCCGAUAACAUCGUGGCUUGGAGAGCGACCGGGCCGGGCUCAAUGCAAGAUAUUGCUGAUGCUUUUGAUCAGAUUUGUGGACGAAAUGAUAAGGUCAUCAUCAACGGGUCGAAGUAAGGGAAAAGUUAGCGGCCAAGGGAG